AUUUACCGCUUUCUUUCCCUCCCCUCUCUCUCACUCUCUCUCUUCCUCUGUAUCACACAUCUGUUUUGCAGUUUCCAGCUUCGUUGCCCGAAUAAUAUCCUUCGCCCGCCCACCUACCACCGCCGUGCAUGAAACCUUGCCGCCGCUGAGCUGCCCGAGGAGGGGAAGAAGAAAAUGUCGUCGUCGGCGAUUUCCAGUUUCAUACCCCGCGGUAGAGGCGGAAUCUCGGCGACUCCCGCCGAUAUCACCCCCAAUAAUCUCCUCACACUACAGCGCACUUUCCCGAGCUUCGCCUCCAAACCUCCGGAGCUCACCCUUUCCUUCAAAACCCUCUGUUCUUCUUCUUCCCACUCUCCACCGCCGCCUUCUCCGCCGCGGAACAACCCUUCGAAAGCUUUAAUCUCCGUCCUCCGGGCAAUACCGGACUGGUCGGACCGGAUCAAAGAGCGAGGGAUGCGGAAGAACCGGUCCCUCUACACCCCGGAGAAAUGGGUCGAGCACCGGAGCUCCCUUCGCCACGUCCGCCACCUCCUCUCCAGCGCCUCGUCGCGGGUCAUUCUGUCCUUGGUCCCGCCGGUGAUUGCUUUCACCCUGGUGGCCGUGUUUGUGGCUGGGUACAAUUCCGCGGUGGAGCUCCAUUUCCUCCCUGGGUUUCUCCCCAUUCUCAGGGCUUCCUCACUGCCGUAUCAGCUGACGGCUCCGGCGCUAGCGCUUCUGCUGGUGUUCAGGACCGAGGCUUCUUACUCUAGGUACGAAGUGGGCAGGAAGGCUUGGACUAAGGUGGUCUCGGGGACUAAUGAUUUCGCCGGCCAGAUUAUCGCCGCCAGUGUGGAUGGUUCUAGAGAUGAUGCCGUUCUGAAGAAUGCGCUAUUGAAGUACGUUAUGGCCUUUCCGAUUGCGCUCAAGUGCCAUGUGAUCAAUGGUUCAGACAUUGGCCAAGACCUCCGGCAUGUGCUGGAAGAGGAUGAUCUUGCAGUGGUGCUCAAUUCCAGGAAUCGGCCCAGGUGUCUCAUUGGAUUCAUUUCACAAAGCCUUAGACUACUGAGCUUGGAGGAAACCAAGAGGAAUCUGCUGCAGUCGAAGAUGUCAUGUUUCCACGAGGGGAUCGAUGUGUGCGAAGAACUUAUAGGAAUCCCUAUUCCACUCUCGUAUACUCGCUUAACAUCGAGAUUUCUGGUACUUUGGCAUCUCACCCUUCCUAUAAUCCUUUGGGAUGAUUGCCACUGGAUUGUUGUCCCUGCUACUUUCAUCAGCGCGGCUUCCUUGUUCUGCAUAGAAGAGGUUGGUGUUCUGAUUGAGGAACCAUUUCCUAUGCUGGCCCUGGAUGAGCUGUGCGAUCUAGUUUGCCGAAACAUUCAGGAAGCUGUUGCCAAUGAUAAAGCCAUUCAAGCACAUCUUGUUGCAAAAAAGAAGAUCCGGCCUCAUCGUGAGCACUCAACAAAUGGUUGGCCAAACUCCUAAGUAACUGCUUGGAAUCGCGCCUACAAGAUAUCAUCUUCAAUGGUAACUCUUCUCGGAAACUUGGUCACUGAAGCCACUAAAACUGGAUGAGAGGCUGCUGCAGUUUUGUCACCCUCAAAUCUUUGUUAUCAGCUAAAUCAUGCUUUAGACUGUAUAUAUGUAACAGUGUUAGUGGUGAAGUAGUCUGUAUAUAUAGAGAGAGAUCAGGAACUCCUCUCUAGCAUCAUCUUUUAGUGUCUAUAUAUAUGUAUGUUACCCAGAACUGAAGUGGCACCAGACCGAAUAAACAAGGGUCAAGUUA